GUUCGCAAAACUGUCACUCCCCCAGCAAAAAAUUCCAAAUUCUACACGUUUUCGAGAAUCUGCUCGUUUGCAUCUGUCAACAUUCUCUCCACGGAUCUCAAAUUUCAGUUCUACUGCACUUGGUUCAGAGAGGGGUAGGGUUAAGGAGAGAGAGGAAGGCAACUGAGGAUAUGGCAAAUGCUUUGAUUCGUCUCCCCCCGGAGAUCGUCCAUAAUAUCCUCAAAUAUGUGAACCCCGUCGAUCUCGCACGCAUCGCGAAGACGUGCCGCAUGCUGCAUAGGAGUAUUAUGCAGGAUCGGUUGCUGUGUAAGGAGAUUUGGUGUUUGAGUCUUGAUGAGCCUAAGGAGAAGGGCCUGAGCAAUGACGAAGGAGUUAAGGAGUUUGAUUUCGAGCACGAACUCCAUGAGUUUGUGAGGGUUCAGAGGAUUCUGAAAAAUGACAGCUCGGUCGAGGAAAAGGUCGCUCGACUCCCGACCAUCUCGAGCUUCGCGACGAAGCUGCUGCAGACCGCUUCCCCUAAGGACUCCAAAAACAUGGCCGUGAUGCGGGAAUGGUUCGACGAUAAAAGAGACAGGGAGAAGAGGGACAAUAUUGAGGCCUUCCUCUGCCAAUCAAUCACCUUCUCCCGCUCCCGCCUCACCACCGCUCUCCCCACUCCCUCCUUCGCCGACCGCCAAGCUUCCGCAAAAUUGCACGUCCAGUACGGCACCCCCAUCUUCUAUCCCCGGCGCGGUAGGUACGCCCAAGUGUACCCCUACGCCGUGUCCAUGGUCUACGAUUUGCGUAAUUAUAAAGAGGAGAGUCUUUGGGGCCCGUAUCUGGAGGAUGGGAAGGCGAGCGUGGAUUGGGAGAAGCUGGAGGCGGUUAUGAUUGUUCUCGGGUGGAAUCUGCGGGUUUUCACCGAGCAGAGGGAUGGCGUGUUCGGGCCGAGGAGUGUGUGGAGGGAACCGUGGGUUGGGGCGAGUCCCGGGAGUUAUGAGGAAAUGCAGGGUAUUCCCGAGGCGGUGGAGGAAGGUGUCGUGGACCCGUAUGGGGUGCAGGGGACGUGGAUGAGGGUUGUUUGUUUUCUUGAUUUCCACGACCUCUUCGCCUACAACUUCACCUCGUCGGACACGGACUCCCUCCCCUCCACCUCCCCACGGCCACCGCUCAACACAAACGAAGCCAUCCGUCUCAUAUCCAUGGAAAUCCGGCCCACCCGCACCGAAGCCCCGGGCCCAGACGAUGGCCAGGAAUUACCGGUGGUGUUCUUCGAGGGCACGGCGAAGAGUAUGCAUGCGCAGUGGGAGCCGCAUGCGAAUUCGAGGAUUAAGGGCAGUGUGAGGUUGACAAAGGAAGGCGAGGUCAGGUGGCAGAGUGUUAGUGUUUAUGGGGGCGAGGAGAGGUGGGCGAGUGAGGGGAUUCAGGUUGGGGGUUUGAGGUCCGCGAGAGGAGUGCUGGGGCAUUGGUUUGAUAAGGACCACGAUGUCCAUGGCCCAGCAGGCCCAACGGCUUUCUGGAAAAUCAACGAUCAUCUCGAUGGUGGGGCGGAUUACGAUAGUGAAGAAGAGGAAGACGACGAUUGGACGGAGGAUCCGGAGGAGGUUCUGGAGGCUAUUGCUAGUCUUGUUGGAUUUCAGGCGGAUCUGGGGUAGAGGAUACGAGUAGGAGGAGUGCAAGGCAUGAAAAUGGGACAACAAGUUGCUUGUGACGUGAUAUGUUUGUGAGUUGAAACGAGAGGUUUGGGCAGGGAGCCUACAUACCACAGCUGAUUUGAGAAUGGAGUCUACAGUGUCGAUAUUAGCUUUUCAGGUGCUUCUAAAUCAGCAGAGAGUUAGCAGCAAGUGCCAAUUCGAAGUAAUUCCAAGCAAGG